GAACCAAUGGGCUGGCGGACCGCCCGGCCCCUCCACCAAUCAGCGCGCGGCGGGGAGGGCGGCUCCGCAGCAGAGGGCGGCCGACGGUGAAGGGCGCGGGGCAGACUUUCAGUCAUGGCAGGAGCCGAAGCUGACGGACAGUACCAGUUUACUGGGUUUAAAAAAUACUUCAAUUCAUACACGCUCACAGGCAGGAGGAAUUACGUUCUCGCCACAUAUGGAAGCAUUGCUUUGCUGAUUCUGUACUUCAAGCUAAAGCCUAAAAAAUCAGCUGUGACAGCAAAAUAAAAGUGGAUUCCGGUAUGCACGUGUUCUAUCUUGUCCCGAGUUUUCACGGAGGCUGAUAACUCAUCAUUCAGUGUACAAAAUAAAACCUGAUCAGAGAAAA